GCCUCGAGGCCCCUCGCUGACACGGCAGGCGGCGCCGCGGCCAGGCUAGCCUCUCGGACCCGGAGCCUCCGCGGGCUGCACAGUCGCCCCGCGCGCCGCUCAAACGCAGACCCCGGCUGUCCCCGCGGCCGCGCACGAUCCGGACGGCGGAAGACGUGCCGGCGGGCAUGGGCUGCUUCUCGCCGGAGCUGUGGCUGCGGCAGCUGCUCAGCGGCCCGGGCCUGGGCCUCGCCGCGGCCCUGCUGCUGCUGGUCCUGUGCCUGCGCGCCCGGCGCACCAGGAGACCUGGUGAGCCUCCACUGAUAAAAGGCUGGCUCCCUUACUUUGGAGAAGCCCUGAAAUUAGCGAAAGAUCCCAUAGGUUUCAUGGCUACUCUCCAAAAGCAGUAUGGUGAUACUUUCACUCUUCUCCUAGGGGGAAAGUACAUCACAUUUAUCCUGGACCCUUUCCAGUACCAGCCAGUGAUAAAAAAUCAAAAAUUAAGCUUUCGAAUAUUCAGUAAUAAAAUAGUAACGAGAGUAUUUGACGUCAAAAAGUUGAUAAUGGAUGAUGAGAUGAAUGACGAGCUUCACACCUCCUACCAGUUUUUACAAGGGAAGCACUUGGACUCACUCAUGGAAAACACAAUGCAGAGUCUAAGACAAGUUUUUGAACCCCAACUCCUAAAAACCACAAGCUGGGACACAGCAGACCUGUUCAAAUUCUGCAGCUCAGUAAUAUUUGAGACGACAUUUACAAGUCUACAUGGGAAUUAUCUGGCAGAUGAUAGGAAGACAUUUAUUACUGAAUUAAGAGAUGAUCUUUCAAAAUUUGAUGACAAAUUCCCACAACUGGUAUCAGGCAUGCCCAUUGAGCUUCUCAGAAAUAUCAAAUCCAUUCGAAUGAAACUUAAAAAACACUUGACAACAGAAAACUUAGCUAAAAUACAAGGAUGGUCAGAAAUUAUUCAAAGGAGGCAGGAUACCCUGGAGAAAUACUAUACACCCGAGGACAUUGAAAUAGGAGCACAUCAUUUAUCCUUUCUCUGGGCCUCUGUGACAAACACCACUUCAGCUAUGUUCUGGACGAUGUAUUACCUUCUACGGCACCCAGAAGCUAUGGCAGUGCUGCGUGAUGAAAUUGACCAUUUGCUGCAGUCAACAGGUCAAAAGAAAGGGCCUGGACUUUCCAUCCACCUCACCAGAGAACAAUUGGACAGCCUGAUCUACCUAGAAAGCACCAUUCUCGAGGCCCUACGGCUGUGCACGGUUUCAGGCAUCUUCCGUUUUGUUCAAGAGGACUUGACACUACAUCUAGAGACCCAGGACUACCGUCUGCGAAAGGGAGACUUCGUGGGCAUCUUUCCUCCCGCCCUACACUACGACCCUGAAGUCUUUGAAGCCCCAGAGGAGUUUAGGUUUGAUCGUUUUAUAGAAGACGGUAAGAAGAAAACCACCUUUUAUAAAAGAGGGAAAAAGCUGAAGCAUUACGUCAUCCCAUUUGGAUUCGGAAUCAGCAAAUGCCCAGGCCGAUUUUUGGCGUUUGUUGAAAUAAAGCAGUUGUUGGUUAUACUUUUAACUUAUUUUGAUUUAGAAAUAAUUAGUGAUAAGCCUGCAGCACUGAACUUCAGCCGCGUUUUGCUUGGUGUUCCAUAUCCAGAUUGUGAUGUUUCAUUUAGGUACAAAGUAAAAUCUUAAAGAAGCUAAAAGGAAAAGAAAUCUAUCAAAACUAACCUAACUGUGUUUAGCUCAUUUAUUUGUUUUAAAUUUCUUCAAAUGUAAUUGCUUUUGUUUGUUUGUUUGUUUAAAAAGCACUAAUUUCUAUUUGAUCUGAGAUCAAUCCAGUUUGUACUUGGUCACAAAAUGCAUCAUAAAAAAACCAGGAUGGUGGCAUGAGAAUGGACAUCAAAAUCAACAUAAUGAUAAAUUUUAAAUAAAUUUUUUAAGUUUCUAUGUAUUGAGAUUUGGGGGCUGUCAUAGUAAAUGUGCCUCCACAGCAGUAGGUUUGACACUGGGAUUUUUUUAAGUCAUAAAUUCUCCUCUAAUAUGUAAAAAUACACUUUAUGUACUAAUAGAAAUUUGUGCUGGAAAUGGGCAGGAGUCUAACAAAUUCCAAGUUCUCAGAGAAGAAGGAAAUUAAAUUUCCAUGAGACACACUGGAUGAAAAUGUUCCCUUCAAGUGUAAUAUCAAUAAUAUCUAUAUUGCCAGGGUACGUUUGCAUUAAAUGAGUUUUGCAGUAGAUUAAAUGCUUCAACUUCACUUCAAUAUUUAAUCAUCCAUAAAUGUUCUUUAUUGCUUUGUAUACUGUGGCUCAAUGGAACAAAAUUUCUUGUUAUAUAAGGCCACUCAUGUUCAAGUUAGAUACUGGUAAGAUUUAUCAGUAUAAGAACACACGAAAACCUAUUAUAUAUUCAGCAAUUGCCCUAGGCAUUAGUAUUAGGUUUAUUGUGGGAGUGAAUGCUGAAAUCAUUACAGGAUUGAUUAUAGCAUUGGACUCUAGUGUAAACUCUAAGGGUUAUGCCCGUAUUGCAAUUAACUUUCCUAAAUGCUUUCAUUUAUAUCAACUGAGAAACUAGAUACCAGUAUUUGUUCUUGACACCUCACCUCUUGGACUUGGAGUUUAUUUGCAUUAUUUGAAUGGCAAUGUUACGUACUACAGUAUAAUUCCAUAUGCCACAAUGAAGCAUUGUGCGGAUGGUUCAAAGAUUUCUAAUAUCAGAUUGUCUGGCAUCUGGCCUAAAUGCUCAUGCUGUGUAUAAACAGGCAGAGCAGGUGAUUGCACCCAGUUAAUUCACACUGCAUUUACAGGAACUUCUAGUAUUUCAGAAAUGCACUAUUGUUUUCAAAAAGGAAAUUGAUUUUUUAAAUAGCAUUGUAAAAUAUUACCCAUACUUAAGAACUAAAUAGGUUUCCUAGCAUUUAUUUUCUCCUCCCCGAAGUACAUGCUCUAAACGUACCUUCGGGAAGCCCUGCUGGUCUAAACUUUGUUUUCGCUGGACUGGAGAUGUUUUCAUUUUUGCCCGCGUUUCUGAAAGGUGCUCUGGCUAGGUGCACACGUCUAGACUGACAGUUACUUCCUCGCGGCACUCUGAAGACAUCUCAUGUUCUUAAGGCUGCCCUUGUUCUUACCAAGAGGGUAGCCUUCAUUCAGUUUAAUUAUUCAGUAGGUUGUCUGCCUCUUUCCGCUGCUUUAACGUGCUCCCUUUGUCUCUGAUGCGCUUGGUUUCUGUUUAUCAUGCUUGCAUCUCCUGGUGCUUCUUGAGUCUGAGAACGUGUCUUUCAUCAAGUGUGGAAUAUUCACAGCCAUCUUCUCUUUUAAUAUCUCCUCUCUCAGGCUCUGCGUUAGGGCCUCUCCCCCUGUACCCCAUGUUGUUUGACCUUUUCUCCUCAUAUUUUCUAUCUCUAAUUUACAUUCUGGGUGAUUUCUUUGGAUCUUUAGAUCUCCCUCCCAGUUUAUUCUGUUCUUUACCUCAUCUACUGAGUUUGUUUCUUCCUUCUUUCUGUUUUAACCUUGGGUUCAUAUGACUGAGUGAUCACAUUUCUUAUACCCCCUUAGCUCAUGGUACACAAUUAUAAUUGAUCCAGACAAGGCCUCUCUGGCUUUAUUCACGCGUUCUGUUAUAGCCCAAAUCGCUACCAUUAUACCCUUCCCCAUCAUAGGCAAAUAUUCUAAUGUGCUUGGUGUGUAUCUUUUUGUUUGAAUGUGUUUUUAUAAAACAUAUAUUAUUACCUUGGGUGCAUAUGUUGUUAAUUUAUGUAAAUGUAUUUUCUAUACAUCAUGUUCUUAACUUUUUUACUAAGCUCUAUAUUUUUAAAGAUAUAUCCAUAUUGCUUUUUAUAUAUAUGAAAUCUAUUGCUUCUAACUGCUGUAAAGGAUUCCAUAAUGUGUACUUGCCAUGUUUUAAUGCUCUGUUCACCCAGUGAUGGAAACUGUGUUGGCGAGAUGGUUAAUUUCGGGGAGAGGCCAAAGCAGAACCUAAAAACUCUAACCCCUACCCUACCCAUCCUCCCACCACUGUAUGCAGCCAUCCUCCACCCUGGAUUGGUGUAAACCCUGUCCUCAACGUCCCCACCACACACACACACACACACACACACUCACUCACUCGUAGUUCAUGAUAGCCUUCAUUCUCUGAGAUGUUCUAGAUUUUUGUGUUCCAUCCUCAGAUCCUUACCACCCUCUCCCUUCUAUAUGGUCUCCAGCGUUGAUUUGAGUCAGGCACCACCUGUCAACUUGUCAGCUUUUAGAUGUUCAAUGCCACUGAGUCUGCUAAAUUUAACGAUUACAUUUUCAGUUUGAGAAUUCUCUUUGGUUCUUCCUAUCUGUCUGGUCAUUUUUGAUAACAUCUUGUUCCUUCAUUCAUACAUUCAACAUCUUUUUCAUUUCUUUAAAUGUAUUAAGAAAUGUACUUUAUUUUCUGUAUCUGGUAUUUCCAAGUCAUCAGCAUUUUGUGGGUCUGAUUCUGUAGCUUUUUGGGGUUUUUGUUUUUUUGUUUUAACUCUUCCUCAGGAUGGCUUGUUUACUGGGCCCAUGUUCCUUGGAAUUUUAUCUUUGGAAAAUUUUUUAAGACCUGAGUUUAAAGCUUACACCUUCAGAGAGAAUUUGUGUUUGCUUUUGUCCGACUGCUGAUGUUCCUGAUCAAACUCAGGUCACUUCGGAUUUUCAACUUGAGUAUUUUGAGAGGUGAUUGGAAACGACAUGUGUGGUGUGGUUUAGCCAGACUGCAACCCUAUGAUGAGGAAUAGGCAGGAGAGACUUUCUGGGGUUUUCUCCCCUUUACCCAAAGCCAAGGCUGAGACAGGCAAGUACACCCACAGUCCCUCUCUGUGGAGCAAAGUUUCUUUCUAGGUCACUUACUGAGGAUGUUGCCUCAACAAGUCUUGGCUUUGUGCAGAGGCCUUGGAUUACACACACACACACACAGCUUGGGCCCUAAGCUUUAUCUCAUGCCUUCCACAAAGUGUAGCCCAUUCCUUUUGUACUAGGACAUCUAGUCCACCUUAUUGCCUGAAGUGGAAACCUCCAGAUUCUUAAAUUCAUCUCAGUAGUAACCUUUGUGAUGCUCAGCAGAAGGAGCAUAGAGAAUCAUCCCAUUCUAGUACCUGCUUAAUUUAUAAUUAGAAGUGAAAGGAAUUGAGAAUAGAAAUAUUAUAUAAAAGAAAUGGAUAGUAGAACCAAAACAAGAGAGUCUUGUGACAGGCUUACAUCUGGAAAUUAAAGAGUGUUUACGAAUAGGAUAAAUGUCACAGAGAACUAAGUUAACAAACAUAGACUUCACCUAUGACAUAACUGGUCUGUUAUCAUCGAGUCACUUUGCCUCUCUGUGCUUCAGUUUCUGUAUUUGCAACAUAAAAAUAACAAGGCUUUUUAACAUCAGGCUUCAUUAUGUGGACUGAACACAGUAAGAUGUGUGAACUAAUCUUGGAAAGUGUGAUGCAAUAUACAAACGCAGAGCUGUAAAAGAGAUACUUUGACAAUGUUGUGCUUUUUUAAAUCUGUUCUUAUGUAUUCAUUAAAAGGAAUGAUUUUUUGUCAUUAGUUAAUUCAUUAUGCAUUUAUCCAAUCAAACAUUUAUUGAGCAUUUCCUCUAUCCUAGAUAUAAUGCUAUGCAUUAGAUUAUGCUUCUUCAAGAACACACAGUCUAUUAGAGAAAACAAUUCAUAGCCAACUAAUUUAUUAUAAACGUAGUUGUAAUAAGUUCAUCUCCUUAAAACUAUUCUAAAAUUCUGAUUUAUCACUAGUUCUAACUAACCUUCCUUUACUCCUUCCGAAUUAGUGUUCUGUGAUGAAAAGUUACUAUCAGCAUAAUUACAUAUAAUAAAACAUACACCAAGUAUUGUGAUUAUAUGGUAAAAAUAACCAAGACCAAAUACAGUCAUUGAGGCUUCAGUACUUUUUAAAUACUAUUUUACAUUUAGUAAAAACCCAUCUUUCCAUUUUUACAGCCUCCUUUAAAUGUCAAAUUAAAGAAAAUGAAUAAUUAAAAAUAUUAUUUUAUAUCAAUGACCAACAGUAAGUAAGCAUUCAGUUAGCAAAAACUGAAUGCUCUGAAGGUAUUAAGAAAAAAGCUAUUUAUCACUAAAUAAGAUGUGCCGAUAAGCAACCUCUUUGGGAACUUUUAUCUGCCUUAUUUUGGCUUUCCUGGUAUACUUCACUAUAUUUUCUCCAUUUUAUCAUUAAAUUUUGGGUCACAAGUCUAAGACAAAGGAGAUUCUGUACUCAAAAUUUGCAUGAUUACUUCUAUUUUCCCAUAAAAAAUAAUUUGGGUAGCAUUUCCUAUAAGCUAAUUCUUCUAAUUUAACCACGGAAUCUUAAAUCCAAUCUCAAAACUCAAAGCACAAAAAUUAUCUAGGUUUUGAUCUUAGUAUAAAAUAUUUUCAAUAAUUAUAAAAUGAGAAUUAUAUGCCCUUAGAAUGUACACUGUUUUUAACCUAUUAAAUUGGCCAAUAUUGCCAACCAUUAUUUGCUUGAACUGCAUUAUUAGGUAUUCAUAUGCACAUACUCAAUUAAGAAAAAGUUAGCAAGCCAAGACUACAUUCCCUGUAGCAUUAUUUUAAAUUAUGAUGAGCGACCACAUAAAACUCUCUAGCAUUUCUCAAAAGCAAUUAUUACUUACCCUACUUCAUAGUGUUAAUCUAAAUCAGCAACCGUUGAUAUUUGAACUUUUUUGCUUAAAUGUUUACUUUUUUAUAUUUUCCUGAAUAAGAUUAAUUUGUGAAAAUCUCUACUGCACAAUUUUAAAAAGGAACUAAUUUGGCAAUACUUACAUUGUGAAAUAUGUUUUAGGCAGAUGAGUGCUGUGUAUUUAUAAAAAAUCUGUUGUCCUGAAUAUUUGUUUAAUAUUAUCUUUUGAUUUUAAAAUGGUAUAUAUGUGGAUUUAUGAAGAAGCAAAUUAUCUUGAAAAGAUCUUAGGUGACAUGCAAGCGCUUUGUAAGCCAGUUUUAAUUUUUUUUUAAUUUACCACAAGCCAGUAAAUCAACUUUUAAAGCACA